AUGAUUCGAUUGAAACGUUCAUUAAUUUUAGUAUUUUUUGUAAUAUUUAUUGUAAUAUUUAAUGAAUAUUUUAUAUAUUAUAUAACAAUAAAAUUUGGUUGUUCGUGGCCAAUUUUGGUCAACGAAACGAAUCGUCCUUCUUCAUCGAAGAUUGCUCUCAUUUCUGAUACUCAUAUACUUGGUUAUGUUCAUGGUCAUUGGUUUGAUAAACUUCGAAGAGAAUGGCAAAUGUAUCAAGCAUUUCAGACCUUUAUAUCUCUUAUGCCACCAGAUGCAGUUUUCUUUCUCGGAGAUCAAUUCGAUGAAGGUCACAUAAGUAGAGAGAAUGCAUUUACUGAAUAUAGCGACCGCUUUAAUUCACUUUUUUAUGUACCAAAGAACAUUAAGCGAAUAGUAGUUGCUGGAAACCAUGAUAUUGGAUUUCAUUAUGAGAUUUCGCCCGUUCGGUUAAAUUGGUAUUUUCAAAACUUUAAUCAUGAUAUUGUUGAGCAUAUAACAAUUGGCUUAAAUCAUUUCGUCAUUAUUAAUUCAAUGGCGAUGGAACGAGAUGGCUGUAGAUUAUGUAAAGAUGCUGAACGUAAACUCGAAGAUUUACGCUACAAAUUCAACUGUGCAACGAAUCGAACGAAACAUUGUGUCAGUAAUUUCAGUGUGCCGUAUUCUCGACCAAUUCUCAUGCAACAUUUCCCUUUAUAUAGGAAAAGCGAUGCUACUUGUGAAAACGGUCCAGAUUCUGCAUCUGAGCCAAGAAAAUCGAAACUUUACCUGGAGAAUUGGGAUUGCCUAUCAGUAGAAUCUACUAAUUUUGUUUUGAACUCUUUGAAUCCACGAGCUGUAUUCGAUGGACAUGCACAUUUUGCCUGUCGCACAUGGUGGCCUUCGCCAUAUUCUUUUUGGGAAUGGACUGUGCCUUCAUUUUCAUGGCGCAAUACACCUCAACCAUCAAUUCUUUUUCUCACUGUAUCGCCUAAUGAAUUAAAGGUUAAUAAAUGCCUUCUACCAAACGAAAAUACCGUUAUAGGCAUAUAUUUAACUUCGGCAAUUCUUUUUUUCAUUUAUGUUUUCUAUCAAUUUUGCAAAAAAAUUGUUAAACCAAAGAGGCAUGCGUCAUAUCAACUUUUUCAAAAUAAGGUCGACUAA